AUGGCAAAAAUUAUUAUUACUGGUGAUGCUAUUGUAAUAUUAGAAAUUUGUGAAACAGAUCAAGCUUGUAAGAUGGCAUGUGAACAAGAUAUAACAUGUUGGGGAUGGUCAUUUUCAAUUUCAUUAAAAAAAAUGUUGACAAUAUUCAAAAAUUAUGCAGAUAGAUUAGCUACAUUUGGUGAAACACCACCAAAUUAUAGUGGAAUUAGAACGAAAAAUUUAUAUAAUCAAACACUUAAUUAUAAAUUACAAUGUUCAGUUCCAGUUAAACAAUGGUAUAACGAAAAAAAUAAUUAUAACUGGGAAUAUCCUGAUUUUUCUAAAUCAAAACCUUUUGCUAAACUUAUUUGGAAUACUGUGACACAAUUAAGAAUUGAUAGAGCAUUUACCCGUGAUACUACAACAAUGUUUGUAGUUGCAACUUAUUAUCCUGGUGGAUAUACUGAAGAAUCAUACACACAAAAUAUCAAAGGAGAGUGUUAA